CUCUCCCAAACUGACGGGAAAGGGAAAAAUACGUAACAGUAACAUUGCUCAACCAACAGGAUCCCUUAAAUUUGGGAGGAGCUCAGGUGAGGGAGAGAACAACUUGGUAAUUGCGGGAGGCUCCAUCCUCAGGGAUAAAGAAGGUCACUUUCCCUUUAAAUGCAAAUUACCUCCCGCCAGCUUAGCCUCCACUGUUUGCGUAGAGAGCGCGGAGGGCGGAGGGAACUUGCACAGCGGCAUCACUCCAGACCCCAAACCUCCAGGGCCCAGCCAGCACCCGAUGGAUGACAAGAAGAAGAAACGAAGCCCCAAGCCCUGCCUGACCCAACCAGCUCAGGCCUCGGGCACGCUACGCAGGGUCCCCGUGCCCACCAGCCACAGUGGCUCCUUGGCCCUGGGACUCCCUCAUCUGCCUUCCCCGAAGCAGCGCACCAAGUUCAAGAGAGUAGGCAAGGAGAAAUGCCGGCCAGUGCUGGCUGGAGGCGGGGCAGGCCCCGCGGGCACGCCCCUUCAGCACUCCUUCCUGACCGAAGUGACCGACGUCUAUGAGAUGGAGGGGGGCCUGCUGAACCUGCUCAAUGACUUCCACUCGGGCCGGCUGCAGGCCUUCGGGAAGGAGUGCUCCUUCGAGCAGCUGGAACACGUUCGGGAGAUGCAGGAGAAGCUGGCCCGGCUGCACUUCAGCCUGGAUGUGUGUGGGGAGGAGGACGAGGACGAGGAGGAAGAGGACGGCGUCACGGACGGGCUGCCUGAGGAGCAGAAGAAGACAAUGGCGGACCGCAACCUGGACCAGCUGCUGAGCAACCUGGAAGAUCUUAGUAAUUCCAUACAGAAGCUGCACCUGGCCGAGAACGCCGAGCCCGAGGAGCAGGCGGCUGCGUAGGUGUCGGCCCCGGGCCCAGACUGCUCCUCUCAUUCC